AACAGUGCGAGAUAACACAGACCUUAUCGAAAUUAUCAAGUUCAUAAAAAAGGUGCGGAUUAGUAUUUGUAAAUCCCUUGAGUAUUAGGAGAGCAUUAAUAUAUUUAAAUUAAAAUAAAUAAGUAAUUUUGUUUCUAAGUGGCAAGAAGACGUAUUCGUGAAAUUGCAACAAGUGCUUGGCAAACGCAGCCGCUCAUAACUUCCAAGUGAAACAAGUGUAAAGGGCUUCCGGCGCAAGCUUCAUUACGGACGUGUUGGAUCUGUUUGAAUAUUUCGACAUUGAAGAAAUGGAUUUCUGGGCGAUUUUGAUAAUUGUCGCAGUGACGGUAUUCAUUAUGAGCUGUUGUGGCUACUGCUGUUCCUCAAAGCAACGCGGAACCGUUUUGUCAACACCCGUUGUGGUGACAUCCACUACACACACCGCACCCGGCGGCUAUCCCAUAACACAAGUGCCGCCACCCAGCGGCUAUCAGCAGCAGCCCAUGUAUCCACCCUACCCCACGCCAGCAGGCGCUCCCGGUCAAAUGCCUAUGCCGAUGCCAAUGCCAGGCGCACAAUCGCCUAUGUCUGGUGUACAACCUUAUCCACCGGCAGUGCCUGCAACAACUUACAAUCCGCCCAGCUAUGAUGCGGCUGUAGCAGGCGUGGGUGUCGCCCAGCCAAAUAAUAGUUUCGAAAAACAAGCGCCCUACAAUCCCAACUACAACGCAUAUUAGCGUCCGUCGAAAACGUAGUUAGUUUUAUAUUUGCAAAAUAGCUGCAGAACGCUGCAGUUUUGAUAUAUAUAUACCUAUUAUACCUACAUAUAUACAUACUUAUUUAUAUAGUAAGCCAUAUAAUGAGCGCACGCAUGUGUUGGUGCUGAUAAUGACAAAGAACUUGUUUUCUGCCAAACAAGAUAAGAUUUUGCGCCUGCACUUGGAAUGAACAAGAAUGGAAAAAGAAGCAAUUGGAGAAGGUGUUUUGUAAUUGAAAGCUUGGAAGGUGCCAGUUGUGGUCUCCCAAAGUAAAGCAAAGAAGUGAACAACAAACUGAAGUCCAAAUAAAGUCAUAAGCAUUAAAGUAAUUUAAAUAACUGAAUUGUUUAAGCAUUGUACGUACAAACUAAUUUGUAUUUUUUUAAACUUCCUCGCUGUAUGUAUAUAAAAAAAAAGAAAACAAUUUACUUAACCAAAUAACGCCGAAUUGAAAGAUAAAAGUAUUAUAAAACUUUGUUUAUUAACGCUUAGCAUAAUAUUGUGAAACACAAAUUGCAAUACACAAAGAAAUGAACGAGCAAACGAAUCAAUAAAGAAAUGUUUACAUUUUGUUUAUAAACUCAA